AUGGAGCUGAGCCCUGCGCGGUGUGAUGUCACUGAUGAGGUCAGCGCCCGGGUCACCGGCUGCUCUUUGAUGUCCCUACUCCUCAACGAAGGCGAGAAAAGGCCGUUUGUGGAGGAGGCUGAGCGACUCCGCGUGCAGCAUAAGAAGGACCACCCCGACUACAAGUACCAGCCCCGGCGGAGGAAGUCCGUGAAGAACGGCCAGGGAGAGUCAGAGGACGGCGGGGAGCAGACGCACAUCACGCCCAACGCCAUAUUCAAGGCGCUGCAGCAGGCGGACUCCCCGGCCUCCAGCAUGGGAGACGUGCACUCACCUGGCGAGCACUCAGGCUCCCAGGGGCCCCCGACUCCUCCCACCACCCCCAAAACAGACGUCAUCUCAGGCAAGAUGGACCUGAAGCGCGAGGCGGGCGUGCGCCCCGCUCAGGACGGCCCCUCCCCCUCCGCCGCCACCGCCGCCGCCGCCGCCGUGGGCCGCCAGCUCAACAUCGACUUCCGCGACGUGGACAUCGGCGAGCUGAGCAGCGACGUCAUCUCCCACAUCGAGACCUUCGACGUCAACGAGUUCGACCAGUACCUGCCCCCCAACGGCCACCCCGGCGGCGCUGGGGUGGCCGCCUUCUGCCCGUCCGCCUGGAUGGGCAAGGGCCAGAGCCUGCAGCAGCAGAGGACCCACAUCAAGACGGAGCAGCUGAGCCCGGGUCACUACUCGGAGCAGCUCAGCCCCGGGCACUACUCUGAGCAGCAGCAGCAGCAGCAGCAGCAGCAGCAGCAGCAGAGCUCCCCCCAGCACCUGUCCUACGGCUCCUUCAACCUGCAGCACUACAGCAGCUCCUCCGGGGGGUCCGUCAACGCCCCCGCCCUCUCCUCCGCCUCCGUGUCGGCCGCCGCGGCCUCCUCCGUCUACCCGACGACGACGCGGACGCAGUACGACUACUCGGUGGACCCCCAGCAAGGGGGCGGCGCCGGCCCCUCGUACUACGGCCAGGGCAUGUUCUCGGCCUUCGGCUACAUGCUCCCCGGCAGCCCCCCAGCCGGCCAGAGCCAGAGGCCCAUGUACACGCCCAUCGCCGACACCACCGGCGUGCCCUCGGUGCCCCAGAGCAGCCACAGCCCCCAGCACUGGGAGCACCAGACCCCCGUCUACACCCAGCUCACCAGGCCCUAACCCUGGGGGGGGCAAGACCCACACACACACAUGGACGCACAGACAGCAAUGGUACGCUUCGAGCUGCCGCACUCCCGAAUUGCAUGCCAUAAGAAACACACAAACAUCACCAAGCCAUGGUGUGAUCGUGAUGCAGACACACACGCACACACACACACACACUUGAUUGAUUCCAACUGCUUACAUUCACACACACACACACACACACACACACGCACACAGACACACACAUGCUCACCCCAACCGCAUCCAGACUCAUGCAUGCAUCAAUGGAGGAACACGUACACCUCAUGCUAAUAUCCCACACACACACACACACAUAAACACACAGACACACACACACACACACACACACACACACACACACACACACACACACACACACACACACACACACACACACACACAUUACCAAGUGAGCUGUUCUUGCAGAGCUGAACUCAACACGAUUGGCUCACGCCGUGCCUUGCUGUUGUAUUGUCAUAGAAAGACUAUAGAAAUAUAUAUAUAUGUAUAUGUAUGUAUACAUAUAAAUCUAUAUAUCAUUUUAAGAGACACAUUUUUUUUUUAUUAAUCCUCUGUGAGGACAAUUGUCAUUGAUUGAUUGUUAUCGAUUGAUUGUUAUUGAUAUUUCAGGAGAUACUGUGGGGGUCUUUUCUUGUUGGUUUCUUCUACGCUGGCAGUUUGUAAUCAAUGAGGGAAAAGGAGCGAGCCGUUCAUUAUUUGUACCUGUAAAUAAGAAACCAAGCUUUAUAUGAUGACUGGAUCAGCAGGCCAACACUCCGACCAAGCGGGGGCUCUGGUGUAUGUUGGGGACUUUUGUACAGGAGAGAAUUCAACCUUUAUAUGUUUUUGAUAUGGCUGUUGUUGUUUUUGGCUUUGUCGUCUUUGCGAUGUUCUGCAAACCAUUCCAUGAAUACCUUUUCUAUUUAUGCUCUUCAACGUCGCAAGCCUUUACAAAGAUAUCAGCGGGGACGAGCGAGAGAGAACGAGAGAGAGAGACUUUACUGCCACAGUACUAUACUAUCUGUUGGAGAUGGUGGAUGCAGCCUUUUACAGCCCUUAUGUGCCUUGCCGUUCUGAAAUUUGACUGUGUGUGUGUGUGUGUGUGUGUGUGUGUGUGUGUGUGUGUGUGUGUGUGUGUGUGCGUGUGCGCACAGUGGCCACAGCUGAGAUUAUACUUACCUUCAGACAGUUUUGUGUUAAAAUGCCACAGGACCUAACCUUUGACCCCUCCUGGUGUCCGU